CUAUUCAUAUUUACAUAGUGUUAAUGAAAAUAUAGAAAUUCUGUGAAUUUAAAAAAAAAAAAAAUAUUUUUUUAAAUCAAGUGUUAUGUACUAGCUACUAUAUGAUUUGAUAAUUUCGGGAUUGUUAUUUUUUGAAAGUAAUUAUACCUCAAUGUGAAAAUAAUAUAAAAUAAAUUAGAAAAUUAAAUAAAAAAGUAAUCAAUAUAACUAUAAAAGAAAAGAAAAAUGUUAUGGGAAUUUUGACUACACAUAGAAUAUUUACGUAUGGAAUUUAGGACUACAAUUAUAUAUUAUAAAAAUUUAGUACAUUAUUUAUUUAAAAAGGAAAUUUUUUUUGAAAAAUUUCAUACGUUUUCCAAUCAACAAUUAUUUUCUUCUAUUCAAAAUUUUUACUCAUAGUUAAGACUACAACACACUAUCUACAUAUAUGAAAAUAUAAAAAUUUUAUAUUAUAAAUUUUUUAUAUAGAAAAAAAGAAAUUUUUCAUUAUCAUUCAUCAAUAUAAGAAUUUCACCUACACACACAUAUAUAUAUAUAUGUAUAACUAGCUACAAAUAUAAUAAUAAAUAAUUUCAAUAUAGUUUAUAAAAUAAAGGAAUACAUUGUAUAUAUUAUAUAAGAAGAAAAAUCACAAAAAUAAUAAGAAGAGAGAAAAAAGGUUUCGAGUAAAUCCUAAAAUAGGGAUUUAAACUAUGACAGAUAUAAAAAUAAGAUGAAACAAAUAAAAUCAACGGAUAAAUGUGAUCAAAAGAUAAAAAAUUUACAUUCAAUAAUAUUAUAUAAAAAUGACGAUAUUAAAAAUAAUAAAAGUGCAAUAAUAAAUUACAAGAAAUCAACAUUUUUUUAUAUAUUAUCAUCGUCAACAUUAAAAUAUAGAAUUAAAAAAUGUGCAUUUCUUAUAUCAAUCGUGAUGUUAAUUUUAAGUAAUUUAUUGGCGCCAACCUUAGCCGUAGUACAAUAUGAAAAUUUUAAUAAUAUAAAUAAUUUUAAUGUUAGUAAUUUAAAUAAUAACAUUAACCAAAUAUCACCUCGUACAACAAAAUAUUCGCAUACAUGGGCCGUCCGGAUCCCUAAUGGAGAUAAUAAUAAUUUAGCUGAUAUAAUUGCAAAUGAACAUGGAUUCAAAAAUUUAGGAAAGAUAUUUGGUGAUUAUUAUCAUUUUCAACAUAAUCGAAUAUCAAAGAGAUCAAUAUCACCCUCAGAUUUUCAUCAAAAUCGUCUUGAUGAAGAUCAUCGUGUUAUAUGGGCGGAACAACAAAAAAUUUUAUCACGUAAAAAACGAGAUUAUAUGAAAAUGAGAGAACCUAAAAUAUUUUCAUUAGUGGAUUCAGUUCAUUUAAAUGAUAUAAAAUGGCCAGCAAUGUGGUAUUUGAAUAGAGAAGAUGGCUUAAAUAUGAACGUUAUACCCGCCUGGAAAAAGGGUUAUACUGGAAAAGGUGUCGUAGUAACAAUUUUGGAUGAUGGCCUAGAAACAAAUCAUCCUGAUCUUGAAGAAAAUUAUGAUCCUGAAGCAUCGUACGAUGUAAAUAGUCAUGACAAUGAUCCAAUGCCUCAUUAUGAUCUAACAGAUUCGAAUCGGCAUGGUACAAGAUGUGCUGGUGAAGUUGCUGCAACAGCAAAUAAUUCUUUAUGUGCUGUUGGAAUUGCUUUUGGUGCUAAAGUUGGCGGUGUUCGAAUGUUAGAUGGAGAUGUUACUGAUGCUGUAGAGGCGCGAUCGCUUAGCUUACAUCCUCAACAUAUUGAUAUAUAUAGUGCGUCAUGGGGACCAGAUGAUGAUGGAAAAACAGUUGACGGACCUGGUGAAAUGGCAUCUCGUGCAUUUAUUGAAGGUGUUACAAAAGGACGUAAUGGUAAAGGUAGCAUCUUUGUUUGGGCAUCGGGGAAUGGUGGAAGAGAAUUGGAUAAUUGUAAUUGCGAUGGCUAUACAAAUUCCAUAUGGACUUUAUCUAUAUCUAGCGCAACUGAGGAAGGUCAUGUUCCUUGGUAUUCUGAAAAAUGUAGUUCAACCUUAGCAACUACCUAUAGCAGUGGCGGUCAAACUGAAAAACAGAUAGUUACAACAGAUCUUCAUCAUUCAUGUACUAUAUCUCAUACCGGAACUUCAGCUUCGGCUCCUUUGGCUGCAGGAAUUGUAGCUUUAGUCUUAGAGUCUAAUAGAAAUCUUACCUGGCGUGAUUUGCAGCACAUAGUUGUACGUACUGCUAAACCAGCCAAUUUAAAGGACCCCACAUGGUCAAUUAAUGGUGUUGGCAGAAAAGUGAGCCAUUCUUUUGGGUAUGGUUUAAUGGAUGCAGCUGGAAUGGUGGAAUUAGCAAGAAAAUGGAAAACAGUUCCAGAUCAACAGCGUUGUGAAAUUAACGCCCCACAUGUGGAUAAAAUGAUUCCGGCCCGAAGUUAUAUUACUCUGCAGUUAACAGUAAAACACUGUAUUUCAGUUAAUUUCUUGGAGCAUGUUCAAGCUAAAAUUACACUAACUUCACAACGAAGGGGAGAUAUUCAAAUACAUUUGAUUUCUCCAGCUGGAACUAAAGUUACAUUGUUGACACAAAGAAUGCAUGAUGCUUCGCGGUCUGGUUUUAGUCAAUGGCCUUUUAUGUCUGUUCAUACUUGGGGUGAACAUCCUCAUGGUAAUUGGCAACUGGAAAUUCAUAAUGAAGGAAAAUAUAUGGGAAAUGCAUUACUCCGUGAAUGGUCAUUAAUUUUUUAUGGAACAGCUAUGCCCAUUGAUAGUUCAGAUCCAAGUUCAAAACCAAUAACAACAACAUCAAAUUAUGACAGUGAAAAACUAUUCACAACCUCCAAGAAAAAUUAUUUUAUUAGCAUCGCUAAACUUUUAAAUAUUACAAAUAUUCAUAAUAAUACCAACAAUAAUUUUGAUUACAAUAAUAGUAAUAGUAAUAUUAAUUACAAUGAAAAUAGUAACGCAAAUACUAAUUAUAAUAAGGGUAAUAAUGAUGAUGAUCGUGUUGGUAGUAACAAUAAUAAUAAUUAUAACACCAACAAAAGUAAUGGUAAUAAUAAGAAUAACAAUAAUAUAAAAAAUUAUAAUAACAAUAACAAUAAGAGUAAUAGUAACAAUAAUAAUAGUCAUAAUAAUUAUAAUUAUAAUAAUAAUAAUUAUAGUAAUAAUAAUAAUAAUAAUAAUAAUAAUAAUAAUAAUGACAACAAUAACAAUAAUAACAAUAAUAAUAAUAAUAAGAAUAAUAAUAACAACAAUAAUAAUAACAAUAACACUAACAAUAAGAAUAAUAAUGGUAACAAUAACAGUAAUGGUAGUGGUAAGGAUAAAAAUAAGAAAAUAUCUUCUUCGUCAUUAGGCAAUAAGAAAAUCAACAAUAAUAAUAACAAUAAUAAUAACAAUGGUAAUAAGAAUCUCAAGAAGAAUUUUUCAAACGGCAAAAAAAAUCAAUCAUCACAUUCAAACGUGUUCAGCGGUAAUAAUAAUAAUAAUAAUAAUAAUAAUAAUAAUAAUAAUAAUAAUAAUAAUAAUAGUAAUAGCAAUAAUAAUAAUAACAAUAAUAAUAAUAAUAAUAAUAAUAAUAAUAACAAUAAUAAUAGGAAUAACAAUAAUAAUAGACAUCAAAAAAUUUCACGGCUUAAAGGUCAACAACAGUCAGCCAAAUUACAAAUGCAAAAUAAUAUAGCGAAAUUAAAAGCUUUAGAAAGUAUUAAUGAAGAUCGUAUUAAAAACGAUAAAGACCGAAAGACUAAUAAUAAAAAUACAAAAAAUUAUAGAAUUAUGUUAAAUUCGCACAAAUUAAAUAAUAAUAAUAAUAAUUAUGAUAAUGGUACUAUAAUUAAAAAAUUAUUAAAAAAUACGAAUUUAGAAAUUCCAUUUCAAUUAUUUGCCAAAUAUGAUAAAAUACAACAAUUUAUACCAGAAUUUCAUCCCUAUGUAGCAACAAAUAAUAAAAAAAAAUCUGAUAAUAAAUUAAAUAAGCCAUUAUCAAAAAAACAAUCUCAAUUUUAUGACAAUAUAUCGGAAAAUUAUAAAACAAAUUUUUAUAUUAACAAAAAUAACAGUAAUAAUGAUAGUGAAUCAAUCGAAACUAAAAAUUAUAAAAAUAAUAUCAGUAUUAGUAAUAAUAAUAGCGAUAAUAAUAAUAAUAAUCAUAAAAAUAAUAAUAGUAAUAAAAAUGCUAGUAAUAGUAAUGAUAACAAUAAUAGUUUCAAAGAGAAUCAAAAUGCAAUCAGAUUACAAAAUAACAGUAAAUUUAAUACUAAUAUAAAUAGUAGUUUAUAUUCAAAAGGAGAAAUUAAAACUAAUGAAAACGCUCAAAUUACUCAAUGGGAUCUAAUUUUCUAUGGUACUGAAGGUCCAGCUCAACCCGAUGAUACUUCUUCAACGAAUACAGGUGGAUAUAAUAAGGAAAUUGGAAAUAAUAAUGUUCAUGAAUUAUUUACUGAAGAGAUAGAAGGGACUAAGAGUGGUUAUUCAAAGAUUAAUGAUGUAGAUUCAGAUGAUCAUACUAAAACUGAAUGUUUGAGUUUUACUGUAACACAAAGAUGUGUAGAGUGCACCGAAAAUUUCUUCUUAUACAAUGAUCGUUGUUAUGCUCAGUGCCCUAAUAAUACAUUUGAGUUCAUAACGAAAAAUAGAAAUAACAAUAUAUUGGAUGAUGAUACUUCUUCUUUUAAUAAUACAAUUGCAAUAAAAGACCCAAAUAAGAAAAAUUUAAAAAAAAUUACAACUCUGGAUUUAAAUAUAAAAAUUAAUAAAAUAUGCUAUCCAUGUGAUAGUGUUUGCCUAGCAUGUAACGGUCCUAGUGCAAAUAAUUGUAUAAAAUGUUCAAUUGGUAGUCAAAUAAUGAGAUUAACAAAAUAUGAAGCAACAUGUGUUUCAAUAAUGGAACGUAGUUCUGGUCGAAGUAUAAAUCAAAUUCAACGGAUUAAUAUUUUUGAAAUGGGUCGAAAUUAUCAUAAUUUUAUUUUAAUAAUUGCAUUAUUUUUAAUAGUUUCUGUGAUGUUAAUAGUUUUUUUUAUUAUAUAUUACAAAAAACAUAAAAAUUUGUUUUUAAAUAGAAAUGAUUAUAAUGGCGUAUCAUAUUAUGUAUUAAGAAAUGAUGUUGUUAUGUAAUGUAUAGAUAUAAAUAGAUAUAUAUAUGUAAUAGUGUAUAUGUACAUGGAAGAAAAUGAAAUUUCAAAUUUUUUUUUAUUUUUUUAUUUUCCAUUUUUAAUUAUUUUUUUAUUUUUUUAUGUUAUCCCGUUUUGCUACGUUUAAAAUUUAAUAUUUUCUUAAAAUUUAAUGUUUUCAAUAUUUUUGCGAAAAUUUAGUUUUUCAAUUUAAAUUUCAUUCAAACAUUUUGAUAACUAAAGAUUUUCACCAGUUAAAAUUAAUAAAAAUUUUAUUAUUACGUACAUAUUUGAGGAAUAUUGCUUUAAAUAUUAUUUUCGGAAGUAACUUAAGAUUAUUAAUUGAUUUAUAAAUAUAAUACAAAUCUAAAUUUUUACAAGUAACAUUUUCCAAUAUUUUCUAAUUACUUUUUUAAUUUUUGAUGUAGUUAAUUAAAGUAACUUGUCGAAUAAAUUUAUAACUUCUACAUUUAAUAUUUAAAUUCGCGUGUUAAUUUUUCAUAUCGUCAUAAGAUCCGUAACUUGUUUAAGUUACAUGUAAAAUUUUCCAAUUGUCUAUUGUUUAAUUUAUAUUUUUUUUUUAUAGUUCUCUUAUAAAUUCUACCAGAAUAUAGUCGGUCUUAAGAGCGCGUAGAUAUUAUUUUUUCUUUGAUUGGUUUUUUGUUCAAAUGAAAAAAAAAAUGAAAAUUUUUCAAAAAUAAAAUAACUUGUAAUGAUUUUAUAAAAUGGAAUAAAGUACCUAAUCCAUAUACAUAAAAAACAUUUAUAAAUAUCUAUAUAAAUACAUAUUAUGAUAAUUUAUAAUGAACUAAACGAAAUAGAAUUAAAUAAACUAGCAGAAUAUUACACUAAAAAAUAUAAAAAAAAAAUCUAAAAAUAAGGAUUCGGAAAAAUUACUCGAAUUUAAACAUUUUCAGGUACAUUCUUAUGUAAAUAUGUAUAGUAAAAAUAAUCAGUCUUCUCAAAAUGAAAUUUUAAAUAAUUUUAAUGAAACAGGAAAAAAAAUUAAGGAAUCAGUAUUUUUUAAUAUCGGUACUACUGAGUUCCUUUGCCCAAAAAAAAAAAUUAAAUUAAAAUAAGAUAUAAUAAAAUAAUUAAUUGUAAGAAUAAAUCCGUAUAGUUAAAUUGUCAAUAAUAAAAUUUUAAUAAACAAUUGAAAUAAAAAUAAAUUAAAACUCGUAAAUAUUGUGACAAAAAAAUUGGUUAAGAAAAAAAAAAAUUGUAAAACAUUUACUAUUAAUUUAAUAAUUAUUAUAUAAUAUAAAAUUAUAUCAAUUGAAAUUAUUUGGACAAUAUAAAUAAAACAAAAAAAUAUAUAUAUAUACCAUAAACACACGAUAAUAAAAUUUAUUGGUUGAAAAAUUUGUAGUAGUCAUUAUACAAAUAUACAUACAUACAUAUAUUUGAAUAACUUUAUUUAUAAUAAAUUUGCAUUUGUAACAAACGAAUAUAAAUUAAAUAUUUAUAUACAUAUUUAAUAUAAACAAACAAUACUUAUAAUAUAUAUAUAUGGUAAUAAUUA